CUUGACUUGACUGUCUUGUGAGAGAUAUAGUUUGACAGGAUGGGUUUCGGAAGUCCAGGUACCGGCGCAACAAACUACAAGCCUUCUCCACCCGAGCGUGGAAGCUUUCCGCUUGACCAUGAAGGCGAAUGCAAACACCUCAUCCGCAACUACCUGAAAUGCCUAAAGACCAGAGGCGGCGUUAAUGAUCAGGACUGCCGAUUAAUGGCCAAGGAUUACCUGGGUUGCCGGAUGGAAAAGAACCUCAUGGCGCCGGAUGAUUUCAAAAACCUUGGGCUUAUAUUCGAGAAGCAGGAGAGUCAGGGGAGAGAUGAUGCGGGGACUGGGUCUGGGGAGAAUGCGCCGAAGUCUUGAGGGGUGAAUGAGGAAUACAAUGGCAGGAUACUUCAAGCAGAGAUCCGUUCUGGGGUAACUCUUUUGGGAUUGACGAUGUGUAUAUGCACUCAAUUAUGGCGUUGGUUAGGUUACUCUGCUCGUGUAUAUAAAUGGACCGGAC